CAACGUACCAAAUUUGUGCGAUGCUCGGAUGAAAACCGUGCUGCCGAGCCGCAACUCAUGCGGUGGAUCCCGUUUCUCGUCGGCUGCGUCGCUGGUGACCUGCUGCAGCGGGCCCAGCAGCUCGCGAGUCUCGCCGUCGAGGAGUUUCGAACGGAGGCGCGCCCCCUCGUGCGCUGCCUCCGCUGGGCGGAGCUGCCAGCGGCGCUGGGCCGCGAGCUCGUCGACGGUACGUCGCGCAGCGACUGGGAGACCUGCAUCCCAGUCUUCCGGCCCCACGCAACGCAUCCGGCGUGCGGCGCCUGGGACCGGGCCGCGCCCUUCUGCUUCGACGGCGCCGGCGCAUGCCCGGUGUCACAGCCGGCUCGGGGCGGCCUCUUCGCGGGCGCCUGGCCUACGAAGGCGGCGGGCCCCGGCAGCUUCUACGCGAAAGGGAAAUGGUACAAUAGCAGCGAUACGCUCCCAGGCUACGCCGCGCCCUGUUACGCGGGCGCCGGCUGCUUCCCUUCGGCCAUCGGCAUUGGCCUUGCUAAGUCGGGGACCUCGACCCUCUUUGCGCUCUUCCCUGAGCAUCAGAGGGGCAAGGAGCCAAGGUUCUGGGAACCCGCGCGCGGAAUGCCCUGUCGCUUCCCGAACAUGGACUGCUACCUGCGGUCAGUCCCGGCUUCACACUCGUCUCCUUUGACCAUCGAUGCGACCGUGCCUCUGACGUGGCAUAUACACGCGCCUCUCUUCCUGUCCUUUGCACAGCCGCGCACCAAAUUAAUAGCCACGGUCCGCGACCCCCUCGACCUCCUGGAGUCGCACUACUAUUUCUCGUAUCACCCCGGAUCAGAUAAAUAUAUGAACGUCUCGAUCUUCGGCCGCGCACUACUCAGCGACGUCGAGCUCUUCCUCGACUGCCACGCGGCGUCGGCCUGGGCCCUAGAACAUCAUCUGGCCUGGGACCCGGGCUGCGUGUGGACGUACGACCUCGACGCCAGUGGGCUCUUGCACUCCCCGCUGCGGGAUAUCCUCUACGCCGAUGGGCUCCACCUGUGGCUGGCGCGCUUCCCGCCCAACCAGAUCCUGUGGCUCGACACCCGCGACAUCCUCGAGUCCGCGGGCCUCAUCGCGACGUUCCUCGGCGUCGACGCGGGGCGGCUCGUCGCGGUCGAGUUGCCCAAGAACAAAAACACAGGGAACACCCGCGGGCUCUUUGCAAGCCUGGGCCCCAAUGUCACGCGCCUUCUUCGCCUCGUCACCGAGCCGACCGAAUACCUUCUGGAGGCCAUGAGGCGAAGGAAGCCGGUGCCGUAGCGAACUGCGCUCGGUGUCACCACACCCCCUUCUUCUUGGCUCUGUCCUCAGCUGCAGGAAAUAUCCACGUGCGG